AUGGGUGAUCUAGUGAAUGAAGUUCAUCCGGUAGAAGAGUAUGAAAAUGAAAACUCGAUUGGGAUUAGUUUAGUAGAGGUCAUAUCUGAUAAUGAUGGAGAUACUGCCUAUACUCAGGCUCCUAAUACUGUGUCUACUGAGAAUGCUUCCAUAGAAUUGCAAACAGUAGCCUAUAAAAGAAAAAAAAGAAAGAGGACUUCUGAUGUAUGGAAUGAUUUUGUCGAGGUUGAUAGGGAUGGGGUUAAACAGCCUCAAUGUAAAUGGUGUAAAACUUUGUUUAAAACUUCUCGAUCAAGUUCUACGACUACUCUACGUAGGCACUUACUAACCUGUUUGCCAUACAUGGGGUCUAAGAAAAAACAAAAAGUCUUAACAGUUGAGUCUAAGAAGGCAGAUGGAAACUGCACUGUCUCAAACUUUACCUAUGAUCGUGGUAGGGUCCGAGAGCUUGCUGCUCAUAUGAUACUUUACCAUGAAUAUCCAUUCUCUAUGAUGGAGCAUGUGGUAUUUAAUAAAUUCGUGAGUGCAAACACUCCAUAUUGGAAAAAAAUGUCACGGGCUCUUGCAAAGAAAGAAUGUAUGAGAACUUAUGAGAAUGAAAAGGCUAAGUUAAGGACUUUGCUUAAACAUGUGAAUAAAGUUCAUAUCACAACUGACAUGUGGACUUCCUGUCAAAAACUUUCAUAUAUGGUAGUGACAGUUCAUUUUAUAGAUGCUGAUUGGCAUCUUCAGCGGCGUGUGUUGAACUUUUGUAAUGUGCCACCUCCACAUACUGGCCUUCUUAUUGUUGAUGCUUUAGAAAAGUGUUUCCAAACUUGGGGGAUUGAGAAUAAAAUUAGUUCAAUUACUGUUGACAAUGUUAGUUCUAAUGAUGUUGCCAUUCGGAUCUUGAAAGAUGAUUUUAGGUUGAAGAGAACAUUGACUGUAGGUGGGAAACUAUUUCAUGUACAUUGUUGUGCACAUAUAACAAAUUUACUUGUACAAUAUGGAUUGGGGGAGAUUAUGGAUAUUGUUGAUUGUGUAAUAGAUGGUAUAAAAUAUUUGGUAGCAUUAGAGAAUAAGCUAAAACAGUUUAGUGAAAUUGCAAAACAGUUGCAAUUGCCUUUAAAGAAACACAUUUUAGAUGUGCCUACAAGAUGGAACAGCACUUAUUUAAUGUUGGAUGCUGCAAUUCAGUUCAAAGAAGUUUUCCCUAGAUAUGGUGAUAGAGAUAGAUGUUUUGAAUGGGUUCCAACUGUUGAAGAGUGGGGGCAAGUUGAAAAUGUUUGUCAACUAUUAGCUAUUUUCAAUGAAGUCACCAAUAUUGUAUCCGGAAGUGAUUACCCAACAGCAAACUUAUUUCUUUCUGAAGUUUGGAGAAUGAAGGACAUCUUAGGUAAGAAGAGUAGAGAUGAGAAUGAAUACAUGAAAUCAAUGGUAAGGCAAAUGAGUGUUAAGUUUGACAAAUAUUGGGGGGAGUGUAAUCUAUUGAUGUCAAUUGCUGCAGUCUUAGACCCUAGAUUCAAAAUGGUCCUGAUCCAGUUUUGUUUUCCUUUAAUUUAUCACAUGCCGGAUGCUGUUAAGAAUAUUGAUCAUGUCUCUCAAGUGUUGCAUAAGUUAUAUGAUGAGUAUGUUCAUGAAUACAAUUCAACUCUUGAGGCACAAAGAGAGCAGGAUAAUGCUAGAAUGAAUGUAUCUGGUUCUUCCUCAAGUGUCGGGACUGGGAGAAGCAUGCAGAGUGGCCAGUCAUUAUUUAAAUCUUUUAUUAGGAGUGUUGAUACCGUGCAGCCUAGUAAAUCAGAACUGGACAAUUAUUUAGAGGAGAGUAUAUAUAUCUGUGAAGAGGGUUCAGAUGCAAGUUUCGAUGCCUUGGAUUGGUGGAAAACAAAUAGUCUCAAAUUUCGGACUUUGUCCAAAUUGGCCCGAGAUAUAUUAGCUACCCCAAUUAUCACAGUUAGCUCAGAAUCAACAUUCAGCGCAGGAGGCAGAGUCAUUGAUCCUCAUCGAGCGUCAUUGUCAACUGAAACUGUCCAGAUGUUGUUAUGUGGGUCUGAUUGGGUUAGAGCAUUAUAUGGGCUUAAAAGAUCAUCAAGCAAUUCUGGACGCACGCAGAGCUAUGUGCUCUGCUGCAGGUUGCAGCACCCCACGGCUGAGAGCAGCGCACCACCAGUUAGGGGCAGCUCCGCUCAUGGAUUUGUGAGGCAACGACAGCGGAGCACGCUGCCACACGGGGCAGCGUUAGGGGGUGGCGUGCUCACAGAGGAGCAUUGCUACUUCGCCCAGAGCGGCGCAUCGGGCCGUUGCAAUGGCUCUGCCACUCGUAGAGCCUUGCACCACGGUGGUGCACUGCUGCGGACAGAUCCGCUGUUGGGCGCAACGUGCUCUGCUAUAGGUGGUGGCACUGCACGAUUGAUGGCAACACACCACGCCGAGUAA